AUGGAGGUUAUGGUGGGUUCGUCAUUUAGAAUCGGCAUGGCGGCGUACGUUAGGGAUCGUAGCGGCGUAGCGGCGCAGGGUAAGGCUGUACCGGUGGCUCUGUCUUUGGCGAAUGAAACAAGACGCAGUGGAUCCCAGAUCGGGAUCGGAUUCAGGGUAAGUAGUAAAUCCCAGGAGGAGUUGUCGGAGGAAAGCGCAUCGUCAAUCGGAGAGAAUAGCGAAAACGAGGAGGAAGAAGACAACUCCAUUUCCUUCCAAGAAGGGGGAGCACUUACUUCGUUUAUUUCCUCUUUAGAAGACUCUCUGUCUAUUAAGAGAGGAUUAUCGAGCUAUUACAUGGGGAAAUCGAAAUCGUUUGCGAAUUUAAUGGAAGCGACCAACAGCAGCAGCGCCAAGGAUCUGGAAAAAGCGGAGAAUCCAGUCAACAAGAGGAGGACAUUGCUUAUUGCUAAUAAGCUAAGGAGAAAAGAAUGUUCAGCUUCCCACUUCUCCACUUGGAUAAACCCUAAUUCCAUGCCUUUACUUGCACUCCAAGAAUCCAAUCAUGAGGAUCACAAUGAUGAUGACUAUGAGGACGAUGAUAUGAUGAUGAUGAAGAAAAAGAAAGGUUUGCUGGUUCAGACAGAAAGAUCUUGCUGUCUAAGUAGUUUGCAAGAGAAAGAUGAUGAUGGUGGUGGUAGUUGA